UGUUGGCUAAACUGCACAGUGCAUCACCGAUUUUUUCAUCAUUGCAUCGAAACCAAGUUCGUUGGAUGCGAAUAGAUUUACAUAACAGGCAACAGAGCUUAAUAAUCGGCGAGUCUCUGAAAACCGGCUCGGCUUCUAUCGUUCUAACUCGGAUGUUCAUAUUUACACCUAUAAGGUAAACGGAUUCUUAUAUUGUUGAUGUGAUGAGUUCGUGUUUUCGUGUGAAUAUGUUGCGGAAAAUCACCUUUUUACUUGUUGUCGCCGCUACUGCGUAUUCCGGGUAUCCUGAUGAGCCUACCAGCAACAGAAUCGAUGGAUCAGAUUCCUAUGGCUAUGGAUACUCUGGAAGCUUUUCCGGUGGGGUUCCACCCAAUUUUCCCAUUCCUAACUUCGAUUUUAGCGGUCUUUUUAACGGAUACUUGGCUGAGCUGAGCAAGUACCAUGCCGAGUUGAUGAGAAAUGGUGGAGGGAUGUAUUCCUAUUCUUACGCUAGUGGGGAUAACUCUCAAGCUUCUUCUUCUAUUUCUUUCAAUAAUGGUUACAGCAUUCAAGCUCAAGCUGCACAAGCAGCUGGCGCAGGGGGAGCUGCCACGGGAGCUGGAGCAGGUGGUUACGGUGGCAGCUACGAUGGUGGAUAUGGUGGCAGUUUCUCCGGAUCCGCUCCUGUAGGGGGUGGCCACGCCUUCUCUGGGGGAAUGCCAGUAGGCGGCGGAUUUGGGGGAGGAUUUGGAGGGGGUUACGGUGGAUCUGGACCCGUUGGAGGUGGUUUCUCCUAUUCAGGAGGAGCACCGGGUGCCGUAGCUAGUGCAUCGAUUGGGCCAGGAGGUGGACAACAAACUGCUGCUGUCUACCCAGAGAAUCCAGGCGUACCGAACAUCAACAGCCGCUUUGGAGGAAGCGGUCAACCAGGAGGUUUCAAAAGUGUCUCAACGUUUUCUUCAAGCCAUACAACAAAUGUCAACGGUGUGCCGAGGACUGUGCAGCAAGCAACAAGCACUAUUAAUGACAAUGGAAGAGUAACUACUUAUACCGCAAAAAACCCGUAAUUUUUUAAAAAUUGCAAACAUGUUUUCAUAAAAUUUAAGUGAUAAUUUUCAAAAUAUAUACUGGAACGAUAUAUUUUUAUAAAAGCUUUGGAUAUAUUUUUAUAUUAAUCCUUCUGGCCCUUUAAGUAUCUAUAAAUGACAAAUUCUCAAUGCACAAACUGUAAUUUCUCAAAGUUCAGAGGUCAAAGUCAAUGCAAACAAUACAAGUCGAAAGUGUCUUGUACGAGUUUUUUUUAAGUCCAUGAGAAAAAUGUUCGAAUAAAUGUUGCAGCACGUAUAAUUUUUAUGAAAUGUUCUCUUUUCAUACCAAUAUAUCUACCAACUCAUAUAAGAGCCUGAAUGCUGUC